CGUUCGAUUGAAAAAAGCAGACGAGCCAUGGAUGCCUCCCGCCGGGGCAUUUAUGACGCUGCCCUGAUGGGCAUCUUGUCCAACGAAGGCCAAAUAUAUCCGUUCCUGGAUGCCAUCUUCGAUUUCCUCUAUCGCCGUACUGACUUCUACAGAAUCAAGUCCUCUCCAUCCGACAAGCUUGGAUUUUCUCCAGGCGUCGCAAGGCGCAUAGUGAGAGCUGCUUUCGAGUCGUACAACAAGCUUGCAAAUGAGGCGCAAAAGAAGGCAAGCCCUCCUGCCCCGGUCAUAACCCAGCCUGAAGAGUUGCUCCAAAUAGGGACCGAGGUUGAAGUCGAGACUACUACCUCGGACGAUACGGUUGAAUCAACUACGAGUGAGAGUGUGGCAGCCGAACCGGUGGAGACAAUCGCCGCCGCUGCAAAGUCGAAGUCCCAGUGCUCGCAGAAGGGAGACGCUGACAACGUCGAGCCCACCAAAGACGACAAAGCGGAUGGCCCUAGCGUUAGCGCCCCAAAAGCAGGCGACGAGAAUGGUGAUCCUGACUAUGAUCCUGUGCAGGCCAAGUUUCAGAGCCAUCCCGAGAGCUACAAUGGUGCCAUGCGUGACAACUACUGCUGGAGUCAGAGCAUUCGAGACCUCGACGUCCGAGUCAAGGUUGGCCCCGACGUGACAUCACGAAACCAGGUCCGAGUGACCAUCAACACCAACCACCUCAAGGUGGAGCUGCUGGACCUCGCGACAAAGACGUGGGCGGUGCACGUAGACGACGACCUGCACUCCCGCAUCAAACUCGACGAGUCCAUCUGGACUCUGGUGCCCGGCGACCACGUACUGGUGAACCUGGAGAAGGCCACCGAGUUGUGGUGGGACCGACUGCUCGUGAACGAGCCCAAGAUCAACAUUCGUGCCAUCGACCCGACCAAGCCCUUCGAGGACCUGGACCCAGAGUCCCAGGCCAAAAUCCAGGAGCUGACGUACAACAACCUGCUCAAGCAGGCUGGACGCAAGACUCCCCAGGAAGAGAAAGUGGAGAACCUGCUUCGCGAAGCUUGGGACAAGGACGGUUCGCCGUUCAAGGGGCAGCCCUUCGACCCCAGCAUUGUGAACCUGAGCGGGUGCAACAGCGACAUCUGACAACUUCUCUUCAUUUGUGUCACCAUCCUUCAAGUUCCUCUUCUUGUCUGGAGCACUACACUUCAACGGCGUGUGUGUCUGUGUGCGUUUGUGUGCGCGGUAUUCAUGACGACUGCAACACGCAGCGUUGGCUGAGUGGCUCAUGGUGAAGUGUCUCUUGCAUGCCGAAACUUUGAUGGCAUCUGACCUGCUACUCGUGAAGAACUGACCUUUGCCCUCGCCUGACAAGAACCGUAUGCGACCUCCGCACAGUGCUCGUGAUCUCAGUGACAUUGCGGUACUUUACCUGAAACCCCACCAGCACCAAAAAGAGGCUUUGAGAGGAGCUGCGUUGCUCCUUUGCAAUCUUACAAACUUAGCACACUAGCUCCUCCAGUCUUUCUCAAGUGUGUGUGGUCCACACAUUUAAGGUGUUGGAAAGAAUGACUCCUUGCGACUGCAACUAGUCCUCACAGUGAUGGCUGUUGUUCUUCGAAGACAAAAUUAUUGUUGUUCUUAAAAGCCUGAACAGCGUUUCGAACUUUAAUGUGCGCCAGAGUGAUUUAGCAGGGAUGCUGCUUCUGAACUUUCACCCUGUUUUGCAAGUUUUGGACACCUCUGGAAAGAGCAAGGCGCACUGGCCAGCUCAUGCAGUACAAAGUAGCUGCAUUUCUGACAGGGUCUGCUGCUGUCAAUGUGGGAAAAAUGUGUGAGACAGCGUUAGCGUGGCACGAAUUUCAGUAGUCGGAAGUGCUGUGCACUUUUGCAGUUGUCAUGAGAGGUACCAGCGGUUUCUAUUCGACUCCUGUGCUUACGGUAGUUCUGUGCCUCAGUUGACAAAGCUACUAGUGGCCGAAGUCGCAGUGUUUCUGCCUUUGUAGCUACCAGAGUGCGAGGAAUAAAGCAUGGCCCACACCUCCACUCCACAUGUGAUCAAGAAAAUUCUGUGCAUCUGCAUUGUCAUGCUGGGGCGGUGUUCUGAAUCUAUCACUUUCGAGGAUACGAUCACUCUUGCUAGCCAUCACUUGGCUGAUAUCUCAAGAUCAUUUGGCUCAGUACAGGAUGCAUCGGCGUCUAUAAGCAACAGCGUUUCUUGCAUAGCGUCUCUUGCAUAGUGCCAGGACUGCUGUUGCCCACCAAUGCCAAUGCCUCAGGUGUCAAGUCAUGCGAAAUCUCUUGGAAAGUGAUCACAUCCGUGAAAGUGAUUGUUCAAGAAUACAUACCUGCCGAAUCUCCUGGAUUAUCUGGGAGACUCCCGGAUUUCGACCAUUUCUUCUGGUUGUACGGUUGGUAGGAAAAUCUCCCGGAAAUUGCAGUUGUUCCCCAUUUUCAUUCAUAUCCAGCACUUUGUCUGGCCGCAUUGGAAACAAAAUCCAUGCAACCCAAUCCAAUCCAGUUGGAAGUUCAUGGCGCAUAGCAUUGUUAAGAAAAAAGUAGGGAAACCCUGCAUGCGUUAUUUCGUUAACCGCAGCGCCGCUCUUUAUGCUGAUGGGGUUCUUGGGUGCCCCAGUGGCCUUAGUCUCAUUCAGCAAAUGGAGAAAGACAUUUGAAGUUAAAAUAGCCUAUUUGAGAAAUACUUUGCCGCAAAAAGUGCUUCAGUGCGUUCCGUAGAAGCGGAGUUAUUGGCAAUCAAACACUGCUUUCGCGGUGCUUCCGCUCCUUCUUCAAUGCCUUGCAGCUAGCGAGCGAAUGCCGUGUUCCGCAACUAGCAACACUAGACUCUCCAUCGUUCUCCUUGGUGUCAGCCACUUUGGUGUUGCGUAGGCCUACUGUCAGUCGUGGCUUAAAGCAAAGAGUACGAGCGUGAAAAGUAUCUUCCAAGUAUUCUUUAAAGUAGCCCUCAAUGUAAGUGACGCUGAGUGAUGCUAGGUAUACCACAGAGCAAUGCAGAGCGUGAGCGGCAAUUUAGCAUCGUGAAAAAGACUAGAACACAGUUCCGCUCAUCUAUGUGUGAUGAGACGCUGCGAAAUGUCUUCCUCGGAAAAUGUCAAAAGAAAUGUAAUUCGCUACAACCAAACAUACUCUGAAUAAAUCUUGAAGACCCGCCGCGAUUUUCUUAGGGGAUUUGGCGUUGCGCUGUUAAGCACCCGACCAACACACCUCCCCCCUGGUCAAAAGUCUUCCAGAUUUGAUUUGUCCGAACUUAGCAAGUAUGGGCACACCAUUCCAGGUUUUAGCUUACUAAUACAAGGUGAGAAAUUUUUUCACUAUGCUUUCUGUGCUAUACUGUACAUGUUGUACCACUUAUGUAAUUUUUUUUUCUUUAGUACAAACACUUUUUUAAAUAGCGCUUGGAGCGCACAGUGCUUGUCUCAGAAUGCGCCCUAGAGUGAAUAAGGGAGAAGUUAGUUUUGAAUCUGUUAAACUAGCUACCUGAACUUCGGUAUUUAUUAUGCAAUUCAUUUCUGCCUCUUCCAGAAACCUACCCAAAGAGGUGGAAGCUAGUAGACAGCUAUGCAAAGUAUGGAUAGUAGUUUUAUCGGCCGUAUAAACUUGUAAACAUUCGCUUACUAACUAGAUUAACAAGCAUGGCUUCACGCGCGCACAAGCAAACAUGAACACAUCUCGCUUGACGACCGGGCGCACUUGCUGUCAAAACGCUGGAGUGAGGAAGCGCGGCUGCAGCAGCGAGCAAAUUGACCUUUGUGCUGCCUCUCAAAUCUAUAUACAGUCAAGCUUCUAUGUAAGAUUAAGACUGGGCUAGUUUGGUUGGAUGCAUGGUUACAAACAAAACUCGGCACUAAGACAAGGGAUGAAGAAAGAAGCGCAAGCAUUGAUGUGCUUUUUUCACCCCUUGCCAUAGCACCGAGUUCUGUUUGUAAUUCUGUAUAACAGUUGCAUCUGGCAUGAAUAUACCUUCAUUAUAUCUGACAUUCGUUAUAACAUUUGUUACUUGUUGAAUAUUGUUGAGAAAAUGUUUAUAUUUACUUCAUUAUAGUCUUUUUUAUUAUUAGCUUGGGUUGCCACGUGGUGUAUGUUCAUUAUAAAGUGAAACCUUGUUAUAACGAACACAGAUAUAAUUAUCAGAUAUAAAGAAAUAAGCAAUUAAAUGUUCGGUUGGUUAUAUUCAAUGGAUUAUUCUUUUGCUAUAGCAAAAUUGAAAAUUUGGGAUCUGACUCGGUAUCAGUAUUGCUCUCAUGAGCCUCAAAAUAUAUAUUAUGGUACCCAAAUUGCUAAUACAGUUGCAGACCAACUGCCAAGACACCGGAUCUUUCGGACCUGCGUGAUUAUUCAGACAUUCCUGUGGCACAGCUACCUACCAAUGUAUAACGGCAAUAAGAAAUUUAAGACGCCACACAAUGUUUCGGGCGUUAACUGCGCACUAACUGCGCGCUCGAUGGCGCAGACGUGGUGGCCAUGUCAACUACUCGCAGACUUUUUUGGGCAAUCAUGUAUGAAGCGAAAGCUAUGGAGGCAGAGCUUGUGCACAGUUACUGUAUUCGUGUGCAAUGUAGUAUGGGCGAGGCAUGAAUCAAUGCCGAGUUCAGGACAGCGUGCAACGCAGCACUCGUCGGAGCCCCGAAGCGGGCUUAUGACCUCGGCGUCAAUUAGGACUUGGACGCACAACUGACACUGGCGUGGUUACUGCAGUGCUUAGUUUCCAGAUUUCUUCUUUCUCCCCUGAAUGGACAUUUUAGUAAUGUCUAAAACUCUAGCUGCGCAUCUAUUCAUGUUCCUCGGCCACUUUUCGAAGCAGAUGCUUCGUCGAUCCUCCCACACUUUGAAGGACUCUCUGUACUGUCUCCGUUUUUAGAUUUUUUCCAAGCUCACGUAAACCGUCUCCCAAAAGCCCUUUCAUUACUCUCCAAGCCCAGAUUGCACUGUCAUGUGUGUGACAAUGGCCGUAAAUGUAAGUGAACAACACCCAUGACCUCCUGAGCAGCAGAGGUGCUUGCAAUUGCCAUUCAAUGAUGCUUUAUUGUCCAUCAAGCGAUCAUCAGUGGGGCAGUGCAAAGCUGCCGGCCACCAUGCGGGCCGAUUAUUGUUUGAAUCGCUUAGCACUGUACAUGUGAUCUCCACAACGUUUUCUAUCUCUCCCUUUCAUUUCUCGUUGAGUGGCACAUUUCUCGUGGCAGUAUCGCAUUUUACAUUUCACGGAGAUCCGAGACUUAGCGUUGCUGCCGACAUAUUUGCACGUAGCAGGCAUGUGACCUGGGAGGCGACGGUUUUGACAUCGUCUUUGCUGACAAAGCAUAAUAA